AUGUCAAAUACGGAACAAUUAAUAAGUGUGCUACAAGAUACGGCUACUAUAUUACAAAAAACGCAAACAAAUCUCAAGAAAUGUCCUAAAGCACGACUUACAAAGGGUUACCUCGAGUCUCGAUUAAAAAGCAUAGAAGAUUACUGGAAUAUAUUUCAAAGCGCACAUCAAGACCUGCUUAAGUGUACACCAACAGAAAAGCGGAUGGACAUUCCUUAUUUGAUUAAUGAGGAUUACUACGUUUAUGAAGACUUGUACUUCUGCUUAAGUGGCGAUAUAAAGGAUAUGUUAUCGUCAUUUUCGAGUGUUAAAUGCAAUCAUACUGCCGCUGACAGUUCUAUAACCGGAGACAAAGUGAAGUUACCCCGCGUGCAACCACCAGUUUUCAGCGGCAAUUAUGAAGAUUGGCCAACGUUUCAAGACAUAUUUGAGUCACUUAUACACAACAACAGCUCGUUGACCGACGUCGUGAAGUUGCAUUUUUUGAAGAAUAGUGUCAGUGGCGAAGCACAAGCUUUACUUAAGAAUAUAACUGUAACAGACGCUAAUUACGAAGAAGCUUGGAAGACUUUAAAAAAUCGUUAUGGAAACAAAAGAAUAAUUGUUAAUGCUGUAAUGAAAAGAUUAUUUUCACAGAAAAAGAUAUACUCACAAACUGCUAAUCAAAUCAAAUCACUUUUGGACACAACAACAGAGUGCUUGAACAGUCUCAGCAACCUUAAGGUAUCAGUUGAUUCGUGGGAUCCCAUGAUAGUACAUUUGAUUGUGCUGAAACUUGAUACGGAGACGCAUAAGGAUUGGGAAGAAUAUUCCUUUAAAAUCUCACCUGAUGACUUACCGAAGUGGGCUGAAUUGAAGACGUUUCUUGAAACCAAAUUCCGUACUUUGGAAUUUAUACACCACACUACUUCGGCUGCUCCUGUAGUAUCUCGAUCAACGACGCAGAAAAACUUCCAUUUAACUUCGCCAGCUUCUUCUGAUGUUCAAACACCAACAACUUCAAAUAGAACCUGCAUCAAGUGUAAUGAUAAUCACACGCUCAGUCACUGUAAGGAUUUUGCAAAUAUGGACGUAACGGAAAGAACUGACUACGUGAAAACAAACAAUCUAUGCUAUAACUGCCUACUCAGCGGCCACUCCGUGUUCAAGUGUCGUCUACCAACAUCUUGCCAAAUCUGUCACAAACGUCAUCAUUCUCUACUUCACCACACAAAGAACGAGAACAUAAAGACACAUCUUAGUCACGUGGAAGAAAAUAGUGAAGAUGACGUACCUAAGGAAGAAGUAGAAGAUGACAUCACUAUAGCUACGCACUUCAUUACUAAAAAGUCCGAUGCUCUAUUAGCUACAGCACUAGUCCUAGUCAAGGGUGAAAAAGGGCAAGUGCUCACACUGCGGGCUUUGAUCGAUCAAGGUUCAGAAGCCAACUUCAUCACGGAGAGAGCCGUGCAGAUGAUGAAAUUACACAAGACACCUGUCAGGGGUUCAGCCACAGGCCUGGAGGAAAUGAAGACGUCCGUCAAUAGUAUGGUACACUGUGAGCUUCAGUCAAGAUAUGACCCCGAUUUCCACCUAAAUAUCAAUGCAUAUGUCUUAUCUACUCGAGUAACCACUGAGCUCCCAUCAAAGGCACUCACAACGACGCAUCAAGCUUGGCAGCACCUUAAUGGACUCGAUCUGGCAGACCCAAAUUAUCACCAACCAGGUCGAGUAGACAUGCUUCUAGGCGUUAAGAUUUAUGCACAAAUUUUAAUGAACGGCUUAAUUAAAGGUCCUCCAGGCUCACCAUGUACACAAAAUACAAGCCUUGGAUGGAUUGUGUUUGGAGACGCCGAAGGCAAUUCUUCAAAAAAUAUUGUUGUCAUGCAUCACAAAUUAGACUUAGACCUUCUGGUAAAAAACAUGUGGGAACUGGAUUCAGCCGAGAAACCAGAACUUACAGCAGAGGAGAAACUUUGUGAAACUAUUUAUUCAAAUACAACUACCAGAACAAACGAAGGAAGAUAUGUAGUGAAACUCCCUACAAAGGCCGAUAAAAUAAAGUCAAUAGAAGGACAAACAAGGGACAUAGCAAUGAGAAGAUUCAAACAACUAGAACGAAAAUUUGAGAAAGACGAAGAAUUCAAAACUGAAUACACCAAGGUUAUUGGAGAAUAUUCAACAUUGAAGCACAUGGAAGAAGUUCCAGAGACCGAAAUAGAAAACUCGUCGGUAUAUCUCCCACAUCAUGCAGUGAUUAGGACUGACAAGGACACGUCCAAGGUUAGAGCUGUUUUUGACGCUUCAUCUAAAGGCACGAACAACAUUUCACUUAAUGAAGAGUUACUGGUGGGUCCACAGCUUCAAGAAGAUUUAAGGAACAUAAUCAUGAGAUGGCGUAUGAAGAAAAUCUGCUUCGUUGCAGACAUACAGAAAAUGUAUCGCCAAAUUUUAGUUACAAAAGAAGAUGCAGAUCUGCAACGUAUACUUUGGCGUAAAUGUGCAGCAGACCCUAUAAAAGACUACCGACUGCUGCGUGUCACGUUUGGUACAGCAUCUGCACCCUACUUAGCUGUUAAAACGCUACAAAGGGUCGCAGAAGACGAGGGACAGCAGCAUCCAGUAGCUACGAAAACAAUCAAAGAAGAUUUCUACAUGGAUGACCUCAUGUCGGGUCAAGAUAAUGAAGAAGACGCUAUAGAUGUUGCAAAAAAUGUUCAAAUGAUCCUGAAAAACGGAGGAUUUGAUUUGCAGAAAUGGUCGUCUAAUAGCACCAGCUUCCUAAAACAAUUUUCCCAGGAGGAGAGAAACAGUAACGUAAACAUGGAUAUCAACCUGGAUGGAACAGUACGUGCCCUGGGAAUCACUUGGAACAUGGGUGAUGACAGUUUUAAGUACAAAAUUGAACUUCCCGAGCAGCCUAUCACUAUUACAAAGAGAAACAUACUAGCAGAAACGCAAAAACUGUUUGAUCCUUUAGGAUGGCUGGCACCAAGCAUAGUUCAGGCCAAGAUGAUUAUCCAGAAACUUUGGUUACACCGAUCAAGCUGGGAUGAUGAAGUUGAACCUGAAAUAAAAGAAGAAUGGUUAAACAUAAGACACAAUUUUGAAAACUUGAAGGACAUCAAAAUACCAAGAUGGCUGCACACAACAAAUCAAAGACUGGACAAAACUACAAUACAUGGAUUUUCUGAUGCAUCUACAAAAGCUUAUGCCGCCGUCGCGUAUUUAAGAGUAGAAACUGAAGAAGGUGAAAUUGAGACGAACCUUAUAGCUGCCAAAGUUCGCGUAAGUCCAGUGAAGCCCGUCUCAUUGCCCCGAUUAGAAUUGUGUGGCGCUGCACUACUAGCAAAGCUGCUUAAACAAGUUAGAGAAGCCAUGAGAAUACCUGAAAGUCAAGUGGUGGCAUGGACUGACUCAACAAUAGUUUUGUCAUGGUUAAGAGGAGACCCUAACCGCUGGCAGACUUUCGUCAGGAAUCGCGUGGUGUCCAUACUGGAUGACAUUGGUGACAAAUGGUAUCAUGUCCCAUCCCAAUCGAACCCCGCAGAUAUUGCGUCACGUGGCUCACCGCUCCCAGAACUAAUCUCACAUCGUCUAUGGUGGACCGGGCCAGAAUGGCUAAAAACUCAUGAUAUCCCAUUCCAUACGCCAGACACCACGACAGACUUGGAAAUGAAACGAACCUUUCAUACUAACCUGAAUGUACAAGAAGAAGAUAAUUCUUCAAUUAUAGACAAGUUUGACGAUUUUGACAAUUUACAAGAACUUGUUAAGACAAUUACAUAUUGCAAGCGUUUUUUAAACUAUAAGAAGCUUACUCCAGAACCUACAUUCACUACAGAAGAACUACAAAAUUCAUUGAUGAUUUGCAUUAAAUUGGCUCAAGAACAAACAUUUAAAGACGAUAUAACCAGACUACAAAAUAAUAAAAACGUAAGACGUGACAGUAAAUUAAAAUCAUUGAAUCCUUACCUGGAUGAAGGUAAUAUACUCAGGGUGGGCGGACGUCUUAAACACGCAAAUUUGGACGAAGAGAGCAAGAAUCCUAUAAUUCUGGAUAACAAGAACCGACUUACCUUUUUACUCGUGGCUGAUGCUCAUCAAAGAACCCUUCAUGGCGGACAACAGGUGAUGAUGUGCUACCUAAAAAGUAAAUACUGGAUCCUAAAAAUGAAGCAAAAGGUUAGAUCGUACAUCCACAAAUGUCUGAUAUGUGCAAGACAAAACGCCACUGCCAAGAAGCAAUUAAUGGGAGAUCUGCCCAAGGAAAGGGUUACCCCAGCACGUCCAUUCCUGAACAGUGGCGUCGACUUCGCUGGUCCAUAUCAAACACUUAUGUCAAAGGGAAGAGGAUUAAGAACAAUGAAAUCAUACAUAGCUAUAUUUGUAUGUAUGGUUACGAAAGCCAUACACUUAGAACUUGUCGGAGAUUUAAGCUCAGAAGCCUUCAUUGGAGCAUUCAGACGCUUUGUUGCACGAAGAGGCAGGUGCACACAUCUCUGGAGUGACCAAGGGAGGAACUUCAUUGGUGCAAACAAGGCCUUGGCAGAUGCAUUUGAAGAGGCAAAGUUGGAUUUUAAUGGAGAUAUAGCUACGAAGCUAGCACUAGAUGGUACUCAGUGGCAUUUUGUACCAGUAUACAGCCCAAAUUUUGGUGGAUUGUGGGAGAGUGGAGUAAAAUCCAUGAAGUUCCAUUUAAAGAGAGUCCUUACUUCGCACCUUACAUUUGAGGAGUUUUCAACUCUGAUAUGCCAGGUAGAAUCGUGCCUCAAUUCACGACCUUACGUUCCGAUAGACGACGAUGACAAAGCCGAUCCUUUAACCCCAGGACACUUUUUAAUUGGAGAGGCACCGAUAACCAUACCAUCACCAACAUUCAAGGAUAUGAAGACAAACGUUUUGUCCCGCUGGCAACACUUGCAGAAAAUGUUAAAUGAUUUUUGGCACACGUGGCAACAAGAUUAUUUAACAAGACUUCAACAAAGAACGAAAUGGACAAAGAGAGAACCAGAAUUCGAUAUAGGCCAAAUCGUAUUAAUAAAAAACGAAAAUUUACCUCCCGGAAAGUGGUUAUUGGGACGCAUUGUCGACAAACAUCCUGGAAAUGAUGGGCUAACGCGAGUGUACAGUGUCAAGAGCGGUGAAAAUAUUGUUAAACGUUCUAUUAGUAAACUUUGUUUAUUUCCUGUUGAUGUCUCAGCAUGA